GGGGGCAAUUAGCGGGAAAACUUCCAAAGAAGUGCCUGCAGCCACUCUGCAGUCAGUUUGAUCUAAUUUAGAGGCACAACAGAACUGGCAAAAACCUGAUUGGUUUCCAAAGACACACCUGUGUGAAAAUGAAAAUGAACCGCCCUCAAAUGCUUCAAGGACACACAACAACACAUAUCUUUGAUCCGCCAUCCUUCUCAGUCCAGCUUCAACCUCGUUCUCGUCGCUGCUAGCUUUCAGUCCAUCAUGGCGGCUCAGAGAGUGGCAGUGAUCGGUGCAGGACCCUCAGGUCUGACCAGCAUCAAAGCCUGUUUGGAGGAAGGUCUGGAACCCACGUGCUUCGAGAGCAGCUAUGACAUUGGAGGUCUGUGGAAAUUUAAGGAGAAGCCGGAGCCUGGACGGGCCAACAUCUAUCAGUCGGUGGUUAUCAACAGCUCCAAAGAGAUGAUGUCCUUCAGCGAUUUCCCGCCUCCCGCUGAGCUUCCAAACAACAUGCAUCACUCUGAGAUCAUGAUUUAUCUGCGUCUCUACGCUCAGGCUUUUAAUCUAACGCAGCACAUUCACCUGCAGACUACUGUGAUCAGUGUGAGGCAGAGACCAGAUUUUGCAGCGAGUGGUCAGUGGGAGGUGGAGACGGAGAAGACGGAGGCUUCGAGGCAGAUGCAUGUUUUCGAUGCAGUGAUAGUUUGCACCGGACAUUUCACCCAACCUCACCUGCCGCUCACGGACUUCCCAGGUAUUGAGAGCUUCCAAGGCAGAUAUUUCCACAGCUGGGAUUACCGCAGUGCUGAGGGUUUGGAGGGGAAGAGAGUGGUGGUGAUCGGGAUCGGGAACUCUGGAGGUGAUAUUGCAGUUGAUAUCAGCAGAGUUGCAGAGAAGGUGUACCUGAGCACCAGGAGUGGAGCCUGGGUAAUCGGUCGUGUCGCACCUGGGGGGUUACCAGCUGACAUCGUUCGUGUUUCUCGAAUGGGCAAUCUGAUACGGAAGCUCUUCCCCUCAUGGACCAAUAAGACUUUGGAGAAGAAGCUGAACGCACCGUUUGACCACAAAUUAUAUGGCCUUCAACCAAAGCAUGCCUUUUUUGCACAGGUUCCUGUAGUCAACGACGACCUGCCAGCUCGGAUCAUCUCAGGUCGUGUUCAAGUGAAACCCAACGUAAAGGAAUUCUCUGGGUCCAGUGUGAUCUUCACUGAUGGCAGCAUCAUAGAUAAGGUGGAUGUCGUGGUGUUUGCUACAGGCUACAACUACGGCUUCCCUUUCCUGCCUGCAGCCCUGCAGGCUAAAUGUGGCUACAGGCUGUGUCUCUACAAGCAUAUUUUCCAUCCUACUCUGACCAAACCCACGCUGGCAGUAGUGGGCUUCAUCCAUGGCUUCGGGGCGAUCAACCCUCUGGCUGAGAUGCAGGCCCGCUGGGCUACAAGAGUGUUUAAAGCUAAUGAUGAUGAUUCGCAGCUACAGCAUCAUCAUGAAGGCUUAAUAACCCUCCCAACUGACAAGAUCAUGAUGAAGGAAAUUGAGAAAGACACAGCAGAGAUGCAUCAGAAACAUGCCUGUUCAGAGCGUUACCCCCUGUAUGUGGACUACAUCCCUUACCAGGACUCUCUGGCAGAGCAGGUCGGGGCUCGACCAAACAUACCGUGGCUCUUUGUGACGGAUCCCAAACUGGCGCUGCAGGUUUUCUACGGUCCUGCCACCCCAUAUCAGUACCGUCUGACUGGACCAGGCCGUUGGGCUGGAGCCCGUCAGGCGAUUCUCACUCAAUGGGAUCGAGUGAUUCAGCCUUUCAAGACCAGAGUGGUACCAGAACCAGAGACCAAACCUUCGUCUACCCUCAGCAUCAUUAUGGUUUUCUCAUGCGCUGCCUUGCUGAGCAGCUUUGUCUACAAUAAACAGCCUCUCUCCUCUCUCCUCUCAUAUUACUCAAAAUCCCUCAGUAAGUUGUAAGAAUAAUGAGUCAGCUGUAGGUGGAGAAUGUUUUUAGAAUGUGCAAUUUGAAUAAAACAUGGGAAAGUUUUUAAACAUAAAUGCUGUUUUUGUUCAAAUCUAUGCAUAUCUUUGAAUAUGCUGAAUGCUUUUACUUGUUGCAGUGCAGUUUUCUUGGAAAUUGACUUGUUUCUGCAUCAAAUCCACUCACUGAAAGCUCUGUCCAAACUGUUUUUUUCAAGUGAACAGCGGUUCAUUUAAAUAAAUAACCAGUAUGCAUGAAGGCACCAAGUACAUUUUAGCCCUGCUUGUCCAUAUCGUUAUAAUGGAACCUGUUAGUCCCAGUGCUUUAUGACAGGUGCAGCCAGGCCUCCAUGACUUUGAUAACAGACACUUCAAGAAGCUUCACUGUUCCAAUGAUUGCACAAUAGUUCAGAUAUGUUUAAGAAAAAACAGCUGGAGUGAAAAGAAGUGAACAAAUCUUGUCAUCAUUCUACAAUAAAGGAACCAACUUUCAA